AUGGCUGCCAAUAAGAACCCGUACCGGACAUUCCCCACGCCCGUUGAAGGCCCGAAAGUACCAUACAAGGCUGCGCAAGAAUCGAACCCCAUCUUACGUGGCCGCGUGCUGGAAAUAGCUGCUACUCUAGUCCAAUCUUCGAGUUUUAUCCAGUCCAUUCUCUGGCGCAAUGCAGGCUUCUCUACCAUCCGUGACAUCCAAGACCUAACGGCAUACGAACCGAAAUUCGACCCUACUGUCCUCCCCCCGCUGACCCAGCAAUCUGGCACUGAGACACCCGAGCUACCGGCCCCUACCAGACGCCGCCAGGAUGGCAAGGGCGACUACUAUACCUCUGCUGAUUACCGUGAGCUUUACAAGGCCGGCAAGCUGACUCCUACUGCUGUUGUGGAGGCGUUGCUGCCUGUGAUCAGACGUGAUACUUCACCUCCUGGCGAGUUUUCGGCGGGUUUCUCCCAGUCAAAGAUUGAUCUUGUUCGUGCCGCCGCAGAGGCUUCCACACAAAGAUGGGCUAAUGGCACGCCAUUGGGACCGAUGGAUGGAAUACCCGUUGCUAUCAAGGAUGAAGUGGACAUUGAUGGAUAUGAUAAGUACCUGUCGAGCAAGGUCGACUUCACAGCUAAUCCUAGCUUCACUUCCUGGUGUGUGAAGAAAUGGGAGGAGGCCGGCGCUAUAGUCAUUGGUAAAACCGUUAUGCAUGAAAUUGGACUAGACACUACAAACAAUAAUCCCGUUGUUGGAACCCCGAAAAACCCCCAUAACCCAGGAUACUACACUGGAGGCUCCUCAGGAGGCUCUGGGUAUGCAGUUGGCGCUGGUAUUGUGCCUCUUGCCCUCGGAGCUGAUGGUGGUGGCUCUAUCCGCAUUCCCUCGAACUACUGCGGCAUUUAUGGACUCAAGACAACUCACGGCCGAGUUUCAUCUGCUCCAACGCGUAGACUGGCGACAACUGUAGGAGUCUUUGGCCCAAUGGCAUCCAGUAUCGAUGACUUGGCUAUGGGCUACCGUAUCAUGAGCGCGCCUGACCCGAGCAACCCUGUGUCGGCGGCAUUCCCCGACCCCUUGCUGAGUAUCCCAUCUCCGUCUUCCUCUAGGGGCAAGGUUAUCGGUGUAUACAAGGAUUGGGUUGAGAGGUCUGACCCAGAUGUCCUAGCCAUGUUCAAUAAGGCUAUUGACUACUACCGUGACGAACAAGGUUACCAAAUCGUCGACAUCACCAUUCCAUACAUCCCCGAAGGUGGAAAAUGCCAUGCCCUAUCAAUUCUAAAUGAGAUAUCAAGCGGCCUUAGCAAAGAACAAAUAUCUCAACUAUCUGCUCCUACAAGGAUCAUCGUCUCCGUGGGCGGAACCCAAGGUCUUGCACAGGACUAUUUCGCCAGCCAGAGGAUGCGCCAUCUCCUCAUGAACCACCUUUCUUUCCUCUUCCAAAAAUACCCCGGCAUCGUCAUUGCAACUCCCACAACACCCACAGCCGGCUCCAAGAUUUCUGGGGGCGAGGCUGAUCUUACCAACGGAAUCAGUGAUUCCAAUGCAACCCUGCGAUCCAUGGAAUAUGUAUACCUCGCCAACUUCACCGGGUGUCCUGCCAUUUCGUGCCCAAUGGGCUAUGACGAUGAGCCUUCCGUCCCCGUUGGGCUGAUGGGUAUGGGAGAAUGGGGCAGCGAGGAGGCCUUGAUGGAAUGGGCUCGUGAUGGCGAGGGAAUGCUAGGUGAUAAAGGUUUGAGAGCGCCUAAUAAGGAGAAGGGCGGGAAGUGGGUUGACGCCAUCAACUUGGCACUUAACCCAAGCACUGAAUGA